GUUUAUCGAAAUUCGCCAAGCUCGCACGUUCUGUGACGAGGAGCCGAUCUGUACUAGUUUCGCAGUUUUCAUCACAUUUACCAAACCUGAAGGAUACAACAAAGCAAUCACAUCUGGCACAAAUGAUGAGUUUGAAUGCGGACAUAAUGCCUCAGUACCGACAGGAAGCCCCCAAGACCCCUCCACACAUUUUACUUCACUACUGCGCCUUCAAAGCUAUAUGGGAUUGGAUUAUACUAUGUUUAACUUUUUAUACAGCCAUCAUGGUUCCUUACAACGUAGCCUUUAAAAAUAAGACAUCGGAAGAUGUGUCUCUGUUAGUUGUGGACUCAAUCGUUGAUGUGAUAUUCUUUAUUGAUAUAGUUUUGAACUUCCACACGACUUUUGUUGGGCCAGGCGGGGAGGUUGUUUCCGACCCUAAAGUUAUAAGGAUGAAUUAUUUGAAGAGUUGGUUCAUCAUUGAUUUGUUAAGCUGUUUGCCGUACGAUGUCUUCAACGCUUUCGACCACGAUGAAGAUGGCAUAGGAAGCUUGUUCAGUGCUUUAAAGGUUGUUCGAUUAUUGCGGUUAGGCAGAGUGGUGAGAAAAUUAGAUCGUUAUCUGGAAUAUGGUGCAGCGAUGCUCAUACUCUUGUUAUGCUUUUACAUGCUGGUGGCUCACUGGUUAGCCUGUGUGUGGUAUUCAAUUGGCCGUUCGGAUGCCGAUAACGGCGUCCAAUAUAGUUGGCUCUGGAAGUUGGCCAACAUUACUCAAAACCCAUAUUCCUACGUGUGGCCCAACGAUUCCAGUACACCUGAACUCAUAAAUGGACCCUCGAGAAAAACAAUGUAUGUUACGGCCUUGUAUUUUACGAUGACAUGUAUGACAUCAGUUGGUUUCGGAAAUGUGGCGGCGGAAACUGACAACGAGAGGAUAUUCACAAUAUGUAUGAUGAUUAUUGCUGCUCUACUGUAUGCAACGAUAUUCGGCCACGUAACAACUAUUAUUCAACAGAUGACUUCAGCAACUGCCAAAUAUCACGACAUGCUGAAUAACGUUAGGGAGUUCAUGAAGUUGCACGAAGUCCCAAAAGCUCUCUCGGAACGGGUAAUGGAUUACGUAGUGUCAACAUGGGCUAUGACGAAGGGACUGGAUCAGGACAAGGUUCUGAACUUUUGUCCCAAGGACAUGAAGGCAGAUAUAUGCGUUCAUCUGAAUAGGAAAGUGUUCAACGAACAUCCGGCUUUCCGGCUAGCAUCCGACGGCUGCUUGAGAGCUCUCGCUAUGCACUUCACCAUGUCGCAUUCAGCCCCUGGCGACCUGCUAUAUCACACGGGAGAGUCGAUUGACUCUUUAUGCUUCAUUGUUACUGGGUCUUUGGAAGUGAUACAGGACGAUGAAGUCGUCGCUAUUUUGGGUAAAGGUGAUGUCUUUGGUGAUUCAUUCUGGAAAGAUAAUGCGGUAGGCCAGUCCGCUGCUAAUGUGCGUGCUUUAACUUACUGUGAUUUACAUACAAUUAAAAGAGACAAACUUCUAGAAGUAUUAGAUUUUUAUCAAGCUUUCGCUAAUAGUUUCGCGAGAAAUUUAAUUUUAACGUAUAAUUUAAGGCAUCGUUUAAUAUUUAGAAAAGUUGCCGAUGUUAAGAGAGAAAAAGAGUUGGCAGAACGAAGAAAAAACGAGCCACAGUUAGAUCAAAAUCAAGAUCAUUUAGUUCGAAAAAUCUUCUCAAAAUUUCGUCGUGAUCGGAGUCAGCACGUUGUCAAUACACCGAUUGUGACACCAUCUGAUGUAGAAAAGGGGGAUGAAAUCAACGAUAAAACCACGAGGGUGAUGUCGACAACUAAAUUGUCUGCCGUAACUGAGAGAGAUGACAGUAAUGGGGGAGGAGUUAAAACUACUGUAGCACGGCCAGUUACAGUACGAGGAAGUAAAUGGGGAAGAUUGUUGGGGUCAGCCAGUUUAGACUCCAGCUCAGAAACGUCUACAGCACCGCAAGGUUUCACUAGAAGUUUAAGUGCAAAGGAUCCGAAAGACAGGCCGAGCUCAUCAUCGUCAGGUGGAUCGGCAAGUCAACCACCAGGAUCUGGUAACAAAAUUUUUCCAAAGUUACAGAAAGUUUCGUCCACCUCAAGUCCUGGAAUUACUAGACAAGAUACGAUAGAUGAGAUGGUAGAAGUAGAACAGCCCCAUUCCAGAAAUUUAUCUCUGAGAAAGAUGCAGAGCUAUGACUGCGGAUUGAGAGAUCCAUCAACUGCUUCAAUGUAUCAAACAUCCGUCCCUGAAAUAAUUGCUCCUUCGGAGUACAAAGAACUUAUGACCAAUCUCAUGGAUUUCAAGGUAGAUGUGAAGUUGGAGAUACAAAGGAUGAACCAGAAAGUCAAUCGCAUUGAAGAAAUGAUGUCAGAAGUGUUGAAAAGGCUUAGUCCAAACAGCGGUUCGGGUUCUCAAUCUCCAAACGAAACAGAGUCAAAACCAAAGUCUUCCAACAACACACAUCCAGAAAGACCUACUGAUUUACUCCAGAGGUCGGAAGGAACAGGAUUAGGACCUAUUAUACUGAAGAAAAGAAGAUCGAAAACUCGACUGAAAGGAUCAGCACCCCAGUCAAAGACUGUAAAUCCAGUUGGGUGA